AUGGCGGAAUGGACGCAGCAGGCGCAUUUCUAUGCGGACCACGCCGUGCCUGGCGUGCUCGGCGCGGUGAGCUCGCUCUAUUUUGAUCCAUUCGCCGAGCUCGUAUGGGCGGGCAGCGCGUCCGGACAAGUCACGUCGCAUACCAAUACCCCCCCGUCGUUUGCGCGCUACUCGAGUUAUGCUGCGCACGGCGCGCCGUCCAGCCGCAGCGAGGUGCAUACGCUGCUUUCAGACGAAAAGGCCAUCUUUAGUGCGAGCGCAAAGUCGGUGCGUGCCGCGCAGCGCAACGGGCUUGGCCGCUGGACCGUACGCGUGGACGAUCACGCGCCGGGCCUGCAGCUGGCCGGCAUGUGUGCCUCGCCGCUGUCUACCAGCUCGGACGUGAUUGCGGGCGGCGCGACGACGCAGGCGCUCGCUGGAAAGCUCACAGAGCAGGACGUGCUGCUUGCCGUCAAUGUCAACUCGGGGCGCGUGAUGCGCUCGGUGCCGUCCGAGGCGGCGAUCACGCACCUCGCCAAGUCGGGGCGUUACGUGUGUACCGGCACAGCGCAAGGCAAGAUCCAGGUGCGCGAUCCCCGCUCGCUCGCAGUCGAGCACCAGCUCAUUGCGCACCACGGCGGCUUGAUCGACCUGCAGGCCGAGGGCAAUCUCGUCUACAGCAUCGGCUGGACGCUGCGCCAAGGGCACCGCGUCGCCGAGCCGAUGAUCAAGGUGCACGACCUGCGCUCGAUGCAGGCGCAGGUUCCCAUCCCCAUGACGGCGCCUGGGGGGCCUGCGUUCCUCGCCGUGCACCCAAAGCGCUCGUCGCUGCUGGCCGUUGCGUCGCCCCAGGCGCAGUUCCAGAUGGUCGACACGCACAACCCUGGGCAGAGCCAGUUUUAUAUCCUCCCCUCCAGCUCGUACACGUCGUCGAUGGCCUUUUCGUCGUCUGCCGAGGCGCUUGGAUUCGGCGAGGCGGACGGCACGGUGCGUCUCUGGACGAACGACACAAAAGCAUCGCAGGCGGCGCUCCCGGUCCGUUUCAACUCGUACCCUACCAAGGCCCCUGCACUGCCCGACUACACGCCGCCCCCGCCGCGCAUCGACUGGCAGGACGACACGCCGCUGUCGUGCGUCGGCAUGCCGCACUACGACCAGCGCCUGCUGUCCGCCUACGACGCAGACGAAUACUGGAGCCACGGGUCGCCGCUGCUGACGAUCCCCCCCCAGCUCGACGCGCACGUCCUCGACGGUUUGCAGACCAUGCAGAAUGUCGGCUAUGCGGCGCUGCCGAAGCACCUGCGCGGCAAGCGCAACCAGCUGCUCGGCACCGACUCGCUCACGGACCGCUUCGAAAAGAACGGCAAGCUGAAGCGUACUGCGCUCGCGCGCCUGCGCGGCGCGCGUGGCGACCGCCGCGUGCACCUUGCGCGCUUCCACAGCGAGCAGAAUGCCGACGACGACGAGGCGUGGGAGUCGGACCACAGCGGCAUGCCGGGCUACUACCGCCUGCUCACCAUCCAGUACAGCAAGUUUGGUGUGGAGGACUUUGACUUUGGCUACUACAACAAGACCAAGUUUUCGGGCCUGGAGACAAAUAUCCCGUGUGCGUACGCCAAUGCGUACCUGCAAGCGCUGCAAUACACGGGCGCGCUGCGUGCGUUUGCCAAGCGCCACAUUCUCAUGGCGUGCACCGAUCCCGAGUGUCUCUUGUGCGAGGCCGGCUUCCUGUUUCGCAUGCUCGAGGACGCCCAAGGCACCAACUGCCAGGCGACGAACCUGCUCCGUGUCUUUUGCCGCAUACCGAAAGCACGCACGCUCGGCCUCUUGGACGACGCACAGGACGCGCCAGCGCAGCCCUACUCGCAGCUCGUCCAGCACCUAAACCACUUCAUCCUCGGCGAGAUCUCGCAAGAGGCGCUGCGCACCGGCGCGUCCCUCGCGCUGCCGACCGAGGCGCUCGCGCUGUGCGCGAACCCCUGUGCGUAUACGCUGCAUACGCACAGCACCUGCGGCAUGUGUGGCCACCGCAGCGCGCGGCAGCACCUCGCGCACGUCGUCGACCUGGUAUACCCCCCGCCCGGCACGCCGCCCGCCCAGGAGCUGGCGCAGGUGCUCUCUGCAUCGUUUGCGCGCGACGCGGUCGCACGCGGCAAGUGCCGCCAUUGCCACGCGCCGCACGCGCCGCACGCGACCUUCCGCACGAUCCCGUCGACCGACGCGCUGCCUGCGGUGCUCAGCAUGAAUGCCAACGUGCACGCCGUCGACCAGCUGGCGCAGUGGGUGCCGCGCGGCGAGCGUCCGUUCCUCUCGCCGAAUAUCGCGCUGCACGUCCGCCACGGGCGUGUCCACGCGGAAAGCUUGUGGGACGAGAACGUGCGCAAAGCGCCGGAGCACGCGGCCGUGUACACGCUGCGUGCGGUGCUAGUGCAGGUGCAAGGCGCGCACGAUGCGCCGCAUCUCUGCACGUACAUCCGCGGCGCGUCGCCCGAAGAGCCCGAGGCAUGGACGCUCUUUAACGACUUCCUUGUGCGCCCGGUGCCUGCGGACGAGGCGCUGCGUUUCGGCGAGCCGUGGAAGAUUCCCGCGCUGCUCAUGUGGGAGCGUAUCGAUGGCGCGGCAGCGGCGCAUGCGUCGCAGCUCGACCGUGCGACAUCCCUCCUGAAGCCGGACACGAGCUUGCUCACGACCGACAUCAACAUUGCGCCGCACCGCGACCCUGCGCGGAUCCGGUACAAGGUGCUUUCGGACGACGAGCUGCCCGAGCCCGGCACGCUCGUCGCGAUCGAUACCGAGUUUGUGUCGCUGGCACUGGAGGAGAUCGAGAUGUGCUCGGACGGGACGCGCUCCAUGAUCAAGCCGAGCUGCCUCGCCCUGGCGCGUGUCUCUGUCGUGCGUGGCCAAGGCAGCGAGGAAGGCGUGCCGUUCAUCGACGACCACAUUGCCGCCAGCGAGCCGGUGGUCGACUACCUGACGCAGUACUCGGGCAUCCAGCCCGGCGACCUCGAUCGGCAGAUGACGCGCAUGACGCUCGUUCCCCACAAGAUUGCGUACAAAAAGCUGCGCAUGCUCGUCGACCGCGGCUGCCGCUUUAUUGGGCACGGCCUCGCAAAGGACUUUCGCAUCAUUAAUAUCUACGUGCCGCCGAGCCAGGUGAUUGAUACCGUGAGUUUGUACCACUCGGCGGCGCACCCGCGGAACCUGUCGCUGCGCUUCCUCUCGUGGUUCCUGCUGAAGCGCGACAUCCAGUCGGGCCUCGUCAAGGAGGGCGACGAGGUGCACGAAGGCCACGACUCGAUCGAGGAUGCGGACGCCGCUCUCCAGCUCUUCCGGUGCUACCAGGGCUUUGAGAAGGACAACCGUCUCGAGGAUGUGCUCGAAGAUCUGUACGAAGUCGGCGCACGCGUCCAGUGGCGCCCGCCUGUACGGAAUGAAUAG